AUGUCGUUGCGUUCCCCCGCGGACGGUCGCCCAUCCCUUCAAACCCCGAUCAAGAUCAAGCUCCGUCGCGUUCCUUGCGCUCCAGAUCUCGUCAAGACUCACAACCUCAUGACUACUCUCGCAGUCCAUCCCCUGAUCAUGCAGAUCGCCAUGAUCACCAGUCAAGAAGCCGUUCUCGAUCUUCAUCCCGCGGUCGUAGCAAAGGUGGCCGACGCUAUCGAAGCCGAAGCCCGGGUUACAGUCGUUCACCCAGUCGCUCACCCAGCCCUCCCAGAAGCGCAAAGGUCAAUUGUUGUGGAGAAAUUGACAAAAAACGUAACGGAAGCCCACCUUCGAGAGAUAUUCGGCAGCUUUGGUGAUAUCGAGCACCUCGAACUCCCCAUGAAUCGAGCUUUUAUGACCAACCGUGGUACUGCCUACAUCAUCUAUUACGACCCCGCCGACGCCGAAGCAGCGAUCGCUCACAUGCACGAAGCCCAGCUGGACGGGGCAGUUCUGAACGUUUCAAUUAUUCUUCCCCGACGCGCGUUUUCACGAUCACCCCCUCCUGCAGCGAAUAGAGGAAACGGACGUGGCAGGUUUGGCAAAGGCUCUUUUGCAAACUCCCCUCCGAGAAGACAUGGUCGUGGUGCUCGACCUGCCGAGAGACAUGAUACAUACCGACCUCAAUCGCGAUCACGAUCGAGAUCCCCCAUUCGAUCUCGCUCAUAUUCUCGUCAACAGUCUCCACCAAGAAGAGGAAGUACCCGAGAUGAAAGCCCACGACAGCGCCGACGACGAAGCCCUAGCUACAGUAGUUACAGCAGUCGCAGUGAGCGGAGCCGGAGCCCAAACAGAAGUCGCAGUCCUAGCCGUAGCCGCAAUCGGCGCUGA